CGCGCACGCACACGCACGCACGCGGGGGCGGGGAGGCGCGCGCCCGCCUGUCGCGACAGUCGGGGCCGAGGCCCAGGGGGAGGUGGCCUGUCGCGGGUCGCCCGGCUCCCGGAGGCGAGGGGGGCGCGGGCGGAUGGCGGAAGGCGCCCAGCCGCAGCAGCCGCCGCAGCUCGGGCCCGGCGCCGCUGCCCGGGGGAUGAAGCGGGAGUCGGAGCUGGAGCUGCCGGUGCCCGGAGGGGGAGGAGACGGAGCCGAGCCCGGCCUGAGCAAGCGGCCGCGCACCGAGGAGGCGGCGGCCGACGGCGGCGGCGGCGGGAUGCAGAACGAGCCUCUGACCCCAGGUUAUCAUGGAUUCCCAGCACGGGACAGCCAGGGUAACCAGGAGCCAACAACAACUCCUGACGCAAUGGUUCAGCCUUUUACUACCAUCCCGUUUCCACCACCUCCACAGAAUGGAAUUCCCACAGAAUAUGGAGUGCCACACACUCAGGACUAUGCCGGCCAGACCAGUGAGCAUAACCUGACACUCUACGGAAGUACGCAAGCCCACGGGGAGCAGAGUAGCAACUCACCCAGCACACAAAACGGAUCUCUCACGCAGACAGAAGGGGGAGCACAGACAGAUGGCCAGCAGUCACAGACACAAAGUAGUGAGAACUCAGAGAGCAAAUCCACCCCUAAACGGCUGCAUGUCUCUAAUAUUCCCUUCCGCUUCCGGGACCCUGACCUCCGACAGAUGUUUGGGCAGUUUGGCAAAAUCCUAGAUGUAGAAAUUAUCUUUAAUGAACGUGGCUCUAAGGGAUUCGGGUUCGUAACUUUCGAGAAUAGUGCUGAUGCAGACAGGGCCAGGGAGAAAUUACACGGCACCGUGGUAGAGGGCCGUAAAAUCGAGGUGAAUAAUGCUACAGCACGUGUAAUGACCAAUAAGAAGAUGGUCACACCAUAUGCAAAUGGUUGGAAAUUAAGCCCCGUAGUUGGAGCUGUAUAUGGCCCUGAGUUAUAUGCAGCAUCCAGCUUUCAAGCAGACGUGUCCCUAGGCAAUGAUGCAGCAGUGCCCCUAUCAGGAAGAGGGGGUAUUAACACUUACAUUCCUUUAAUCAGUCUCCCUUUAGUUCCUGGCUUCCCUUACCCGACUGCAGCCACCACGGCAGCCGCUUUCAGAGGAGCCCAUCUGAGGGGCAGAGGGCGGACAGUAUAUGGUGCAGUCCGAGCGGUACCUCCAACAGCCAUUCCCGCCUAUCCAGGAAUAGUCUUACAGGAACCAAUCAUUAGCGCUAAAAUACCUCAGGGCGGAUACGCAGCCUACAGAUACGCACAGCCCGCUACUGCAACAGCGGCCACAGCCGCCGCCGCUGCCGCUGCCGCCUACAGUGACGGUUAUGGCAGGGUGUACACAGCCGACCCCUACCAUGCCCUUGCCCCUGCCGCUAGCUAUGGAGUUGGCGCUGUGGCGAGUUUAUACCGAGGUGGCUACAGCCGAUUUGCCCCCUACUGAAGUGACGUGAGACCCUGCAAAUGGGACCGCCCCCCAGUUCAUGAGGCCUGGCUAUUGCAAUAUUUACUAGUAGAGGAACUCUAUAGCAAGAUGAAGAGGAAAAACAAACAAACAAACAAAAAAAAAAAAAAAAACAAAAAAACAAAAAAAGAGAGAAUACUUUUUUAUACCUCACUAUGUUCUUUGAAUAUGUAUUUUUCCUUUACAUUUCUGCCUUUAAUUCUUUUGUUCCAAAGAUUGUGCAUUUUUUCUUUUUUUUCUUUUUUUUUUAACUGUGGUAAAAAAAAAAAAAUAAUGCAUUUCCAUGUCUGUAUGUCCGUGCUUAGCUUAUUCUGUCAAUCACGGAAGAGGCAGUUACUGAGGAAGGGGAGACCUUAGGAGCUGAUGAAUGCAUGCGAUCAGAAAUCAGACAGAGCUACCAAAGUGUAUCGGGUGCUGAGUGGCUGGGGAUGAGCAGAAGUGGAGGAGAUCUUUAUGCAACAGGAUAUUCUUCUGAGUUUCUGGUCUUUGGCAGGCAAUUCUGAUUGGCUGUGGCUGGAAUCCACAUGCUGAUAGAUGAUAGGAAUUUGUGCUUGCGAAGCAGGAGAAUUAAAAAGACACUUUCCUCUCCUCUUCCCUCCUGUCUUCAUUCUUUUUACAAUCUUCUUACCUGCACAGCCUGAGACAGUUGGCAUGGUUUUUGGAAUUAUAAUAAUAUUUCCAAACAUGCUCUCAGACUGCGGAUAAUAAACACCUCAUUAGGAAACAGAUCUCAGAAUGAACUCUGGAGUAUGAAAAAGAUCAUUCUUUUCUUUCCUGAGAUCCCAGCAUUCCUGCUGGGCUUCCUCCCCUUUCUCUGAAACACAGCUUAGCUCAUCUGUCCUUUUACGAACUCCCUGCUCCCAAGUCCUCAAGAGUCAGGAAUUUAGGACCCAGGGACAGGAGAAUAAAUAGCAACCAGCUUUUCUGGCUUGAGGGUUAGAAGUACAAAGUGUUGGGAGCCAGUAAAGGGGUAAGGAAGAAAAAAAGGAUGUUGGAUGAUGUCUGGCAGGGCACUGAUUGAUAUUUCUGUGAUUUCUCUUGCAUCAGAAGGUCAGUACAAAGUAAACAUAUCAAGAGUGUUGGCAAAAGGUAAAACACCCAAUCCUGGGGCGGCUGUCCCUGGAAGUUUGUGGUGAUCGUAAGGGGGCACGUAAGGGCAGGCAGAGGCACUUUGUACUAACUAGCUCCAAAGCCAUAGGAAUUUCCAUCUUCCAGAGCAUUCUUUGAGCCACUUCUCUGUCCAUGGUCUUGAGCUCUCCUGGCUGCUCUGCCUGGCUUCUGGUUAUCCUCCAAAGACACCCAACCAAGCACGCAACCACUUGGCAUACAUGAACACUACAGGACAUAAAACCCAGAGCCCCUGAGGCUUCUCUCCGCCCAUAGUGGAAGAAAGGUGUGACCUGGCAAGGAUCUGUUGCCAGAAAGAGUCAUGUGGUGACCACAGGAGUGAGUCCCUGCUGUUGCUCCCCAGCUUUGAUUUUAUACAUCUUAAGGUAGGGAAGAAAGUGUUUCUCUUCUAGCUAUUAGCUGUUAAUGAUAAAGGCAAGGGUCCUGCAGCAUUUCCAAAAUGAAGGCAUUAGAAAACAGAAAAGCACGGUCCGUUUGGCUCCCUGGUCUAUUCACAUUGGUACUAGGGUGACUUCUCACCCAAGGGAUAGCUGCUAAAGGGAGUAAUUCAGAGACAUGGAGCUUCCGGUUUGUUAUGGGUUUGUUUUCUGUUUGUUUUGGGUUUUUUUUGGGGGGGGCGUUUGUUUUUUUUGUUUUUUGUUUUUUUUUUUUUACUCCUGCCUCCACACAUGUUCUUGACUGAUAACUGAUUCAUGUCCCUGAAUUAAAAUGACUGACAUAUGACAGCAUCAAGCAUUCUUUGUAAGCAGAGUGAUCUAUCCGGGAGGGACUGGCCUGUUGUGUAAAAUACAUAUCUUCUCCGCCCGCCCCCCCCCGCCCCCCGUGGAGCCCUCUCUCUCCAGACGAUGGGGAGAGAGGCUGUCCCUGAAACGAGGGGAGACAUCAAGGAAGCUAGAGGCCUCGAUGCAAUCUUACUGAUUCUGGGGAGGAAUGCUUGGAAUAGGGGACACCAAACUACCCAGGGCCAUUGGCCUUUGUUAAGGGUUUGCCUCCCCAAGCCAAAGUUUGGUUCGUUGCUGUUAAGACAAUUUUUGUUGUAUGUAUAUAAAUAUUUUAGUUAGAGGAAGGGGUAUGGGAUCUGGGGCUUUCACAGUUCUAGGGAAUGGGGGCAGGGAGGAUUUUUUUCCUUUUCUUUCUUUUUGUUUCGAGAGAGAGCUUUUAUUCACUAAAGAAAUGGAGAAAUUUCAUGUCAUGUUCAAAUAGGGGCCAUUCACAGAAAUGGCAAGGCACUGCUCAAUGGAGACAAGGCCAAAUUUUAAAUGGUUGUGUCUGUAGCAGGGGAGGAGGAUAGGAGAAUGAGUAAUUUCCUCUUCUUUUUUCCAAGAAAAAGACAAGGAUGGUGGGAAAGAUAGAGAAGGCAGCUCCCACUGCCCUUGUAAAAGAGGCAGAAGCUUGAGCUUGGGCUACCUCUACUGCAUUUCAGUUCAGCUGGUUCUGGCUGAGGACUCCAUAGGCAAGCUCUGUGCAUUCUGCUGCAUGUCCAGGGAUGGUUGUAAUACGGCUUCCUCCAGCUCCCUUUUCUCAGGAAGGCUAAGUAGACUUCUGCUUUUGCUCAAGGGCCUCUGCUCUUCGGCGUCCGCACUGAGAACUGGAGCUCUCGUGAGCAUCUAGAUGAGAUCGUGUCAGCCUUCCCAUCACCUUUGAACUUUGAGACUCUGUACAGCCAGCUUCAUCAGAGGCAGGUUCCUCAAAGCACCGGUGCUUGCUUGUCUGCUCCUGGCUCUGGUUCCCAUUGGACUAAGAAACAGAGUCGGAAGAGAGUUUGGCCUCUGUGGGUUCGUUAGAGGAUGCUGGUUGAUGAUUCCAAAAAAUCACUGAUCUGAAUCACAGCACGUGAAUGAUUUUGACAGCUUUACUGUAGCUCAUGACAUGGGCUUCUGUACUUAGCGUCUUACUCCUAGAAGCCAGGCUCCUUUAAGGAGACCACUAGUGAGAACCUUUAUCUCCUAUCCUUCUCUCAGCCCCGAGAGCUGCCCUUAGGUCAGGUCUGGAAUCCCAUGCGUUCCAUGUUUCAGCUCCCAAGAACCCGGGUCAGCCGUGGUGACUCACCGGCUUUAAGGCUCUCAGGUUUUACCCAGCUUCCCAUCACCACCGUCCUCUGACAACCACAGGUGGGAUUGAGCCAAUAUUAUUUUUGUCCUCAAAAAAGAAGGGGACUGGGGCUCAUCUCUGUUUAAGGGGAGCUAGUGCAGAUUAUUCAGUAGAAACCAGUGGUAGCAGCUUUUCCUCAAAAGUCUAAUUGCUCAGGGGCUGAAGUGCUCUGUAGGUUACCAUUCCUAGUGAUGUAGCAGAGAAGUAGGUGAGCACCACCCUUAUCACCAGUCACUUAGCUUCCCAAUGGGGGAGAGGUGGCAACUCGGAAGUGAAGCCACCCCGAGGCUCUGCCAGAAGAGCUUCAUAACUGCCCCCUCUUCCCUCAGACGGGAGAACAGGGCCGAGCCGGGGCCCCUCUGGAAGGCACACCGGCCAGGAGCGGGGAGGGAAACUGCUUGUGCCCUCUCCCUCACCAACUCCAGCCUCCUGCUGCUUGCAACCUCUAGCACAGUAACAUUUGCAGAAUUGCAGAUUUUUUUUUCCCCAGAUGAUAGGAAGAAAGGGACUUUGGGGGGUGGGGAAGGGGUAGUGGUGUUUUAAAAAGCAUAAGUUACCUGUUUGCACUGUUUUAAGAUAGGAAAAAAGAAUAGUGGGCAAGGUGAACAUCAGACGUAAAUUUGUGUGUUUUUAUUUUGUCAUGCUCUUGAAAGUGUCUGACCAUUUGUAGUAUACACCAGUGAGACUUGAUUCUGUUACAUAGAACACUUUUUUUUUUUUUUUUGGUAAUGUUACUGUCCAAAAGCCUCUUUCCUCCUUUCCCUUCUCCUGUGUACUUGCUUCAUACUUGCUUUAUUGAUCAACCAGGCAAUAGCCAUCCAAGAGCUAGAGCGUGAAGCAGAGCCCUUUCCAAGUAGGCUCCGGGUGUCCUAAGCCAGCACGUGCCCUCUGGUUUAGCGAGUGCAGUGGAGUCCCUGGCACCUGUCUUUAAAAUAAGGCUUACAGACCAGACUACGGCAAGUUCUCCAAUUCCUGAAUCAGACGCACUAGGAACGAGGAGCCGAGGGUGGAGGGGAUUCCUCAAGUUAAUCCAAGUUGGCUGUAGUAGCUGUUCUCAUCCAUGUUACCGGAACUGUAGCCAGUUACAGUUUACUCAGGAAAACGGUAGAUCAAUUCAGCCAUGGUAGUGCUGGUUGGCAGGGAUUGGUAACCGAGAGAACUGCUCAUCAGCCAAAACUCAAACCUUGCCUUUAAGGAGACUGCCAGCGGGGGGCUCGGUCUGCUCCGGCUGGCUGGCAGUCACACAUGUGCCAGUGUGGCAGAGGCUCGGUCACACGGCAAGCAAAAAGGGAUCAUCAAUUCUCUUUCCUCUCCCCCAACCCUCACCCCCACCCCAGUUACCAACGCCAGAUUCCCAGGGGGUACUUGUGUUUUCUGAAUUUUUAAAAAAUGACUUUUGGUUUGGUUUUUCUGGGGACUGAUAAAGUGCUUUAAGCAAUGUCUAUACCCCCAUCGAGACUCCCCAGCUUAGCCAUUUUCUUGUAUUUUUCUGUUCACAGUAUUUUUGUGUGUGUGUGUGUGUGUGCUUGUUUUGGCAGCUCAUUUUGGCUGUAUUAUAUAUCGAGUGAUGAAUUGAUCCUCUUUUUUCCCUAAGGGAUAUGAAUUUUUUUUCCUUAUGUUUUAAUUCUGCUUGUGAAUAGCUGGAGCAAACCUGGGGCUGACACACGUAAGCUAGGGCUGCAGAGUGCUGACAGGGCCAGUGGUGUUGACUUGUCACUGACAGGCUGACCUACCUGCGUCUCUGAGCUUUUCAGUCCAAAUCUUUGCAAGGCUAAAAAUGCCACAGAACCUCUCCUCCCCACUCCCCAUGGCAGGGACUGGACCCUCCUAACAUGGAACAUGCAGCUUCUCCUGCCCCCCCUCCCAUUGCCAUGGCAAAACAGGUACCUUUUGGGGCAUGGGGGCAUCACAUGGGAUGCUUGUAUAAUUGACCACCUCGCCUUCUCUCCCCAACCCCACCCCCAGAGUCACUUCUAGGACACCCGAGCUGCUUGCCCAGGGUCCUGUUUCCCUGCAUCUCCAGAGAAGCACCCCAGGGCUUUGUGACAGUCUCUAACUCCCUCCCCCUCUCGUUAAGAAUCAUAUUGUAUAGUAGCUUUCAGACCAUACAGUAUUCAUUGGGUUACUCCUAUUAUUAUCAAGUAGCUGGAAUUGUGAAGGUCGGAGUAGUUAGAUCUUUAGCUUUUAUUCCUUAUUUUUUUGUAUUACUAUCCAUGUGUAUAAAUUAUUGAUCAUGUUGCUGGCUUUUAUAAACUCUAAGCGAAGGAGGAGCACUGUCUCUGCCUUUGCAAAUGGUAAUGAAGCACUGUUUUUAAAUAAAAGAGAGAAACACCA